CAUGAUUUAGGCCUGGUGGUGAAUUUAGGGUUUUGAGGCCCUAAAUCGGGUUCUCAGAGUGUGGGAGUUGGCGGCAAUGGAAGCCAAGAAGGGAGCGAACCGGAAACGGAGAACACCCCAAAACGGAGAAUCUCAGACCAAGAAGAAGAGGAAGCAUGAAGAAGUUGAUGGAAAAUCGAAGUCGUCGAGUAGUUUUCUGGAUAAAAUGAGGGCGAGGUUAUCAGGAGGGCAUUUCCGGAUGAUCAACGAGAAGCUCUACACUUGCACUGGAAGCGAGGCGCUUAGCUAUUUUGAAGAAGACCCUGCGUUAUUUAAUGUGUAUCAUGCAGGAUAUCAAGAGCAAAUGUUACAUUGGCCUCAGCAACCAGUUAAUAUUAUCAUAAAAUGGCUAAAGGAUCACAGCCCUUCUUUGAUUGUGGCUGAUUUUGGAUGCGGGGAUGCUCGCCUCGCAAGAAAUGUGAAGAAUAAAGUUUUCUCCUUUGAUCUUGUCUCAAGUGAUCCUUCAGUGAUUGUUUGUGAUAUGUCAAAUACGCCGCUUGAAUCUUCAUCGAUUGAUGUUGCUGUUUUCUGCCUUUCACUGAUGGGGACUAACUUCUCAAACUAUCUUCAGGAGGCACAUAGAGUUCUUAAACCAUGUGGUUGGCUUCUGAUAGCAGAGGUAAAGAGUAGGUUCGAUCCAACUAAUGGAGGAGCAGACCCAAAUAGGUUUUCAAAAGCCAUCUGCAAACUAGGUUUUACACUAGAAUCAAAGGACUUUUCAAAUAAAAUGUUUAUCUUGUUAUACUUCAAGAAAAAGGAGAAGCAAAACUCCAAGGUAAAGGAAAUUGAUUGGCCAGAGCUGAAACCUUGUUUGUACAAGCGCCGUUGACCUCACACCAAACUACUUCUGCUAUGCAAUUAUCAGGGAUGCAAUUGCAUUGCUGUACUUGUUACUUGGAAUAUUAACCAUUAACUGUGCUGCCCCUUUAUCAUCAUGGAUGCAUUGAUUUGCAGCAGCACAGGCAUGCAUAGAUUCACUUCAGAGGGAUUUGAGUGAAACUUUUGAACCCCGUCUUUAUAAGAAGUAUAGCAACUGUAGAUUUGGAAUAAUCCAAAUCAAUUUGACGGGAGUACUUGCAUUAGGUUCUUUGCUUAAUGUAUUAUAAAUUUCCGAAAUUUUGUUUUGGUUGAGCCGUCUGUAAUUUUGAGACAUACAUAUAAUAGAAUUUUAUUUGCAUUGAGUCUUGGUUAAA